AUGUCUGAUAUAAGAAUGAGAGCUGACAUUGCAGCUGAUGGACUCACUGACAGACCACCUGAUAGACUUGCUGAUGAACCGGCUGAAGAACUUUCUCACGGACUUCUUGAAGGACUUUCUAAAGAACCCGCUGACGAACUAGCUGACAGCCCAUUCCUACUCGACGAACCACCCGACUAUUUUGAAGAUUUCCUGCUGUUUAUAUUCACUCUCAUGAAGACUACAAGCUGUUUAGGAGUUGCCAAAACGACACACAAGCUGUUUUUAUGUGUGGAACCAACAAAAGAGAAAGUUGCCUUUUCCGACAAAGCUACUUCCUUUUCAGCACCAAUCGAGAUUCUUCUAUUUAAUCUGGAUCCUCCAUCUAUUCAAGGAUAUCUUAGGCGUCCAUUAAGCCUUAAAGAUCUGCAUAUCUCUUCAGCCAGAAUCAUUGACGCUCCCCUAUUAAAGCCAAACGGAUAG